CGUCGUCGUCCACGGGCCGCCAUACACAUUUCGCGCGCACCUCACACGAUGGCGCCAGGAGCGCUCCAUUCGCGCGCCCAAUGGCGAGUUUUUGAUAGCAGCAGCACGUUGGAACUCGCCUUUGAAUUCAAUAACGUGUUGCAACACCUCUGACUGCCAACAACUGAAACCAACUGCAAAGAUGGAUCGUUGCGAACAACGAGACUGCUACAUCACGUUGAAAGUUGAAGCUCUCGAUUCGCUUUCGAAGGUCUUAUGCGAAGAAGAUACCUCCCUUGCCGCUGCACUCCAUGUGAUUCUCGACAGGGUUGCACCCGAAGUCCAGCGGAUUAUUGCCGGUAAAAAUUCAGUGAACGCGGUAUCGCUCGCAAAUUUGGUCAAGGACAUACUCAUACAUCUGCAUCUGCGACAAACAUCGCUGACACGUUCGAGCACGUUUAAGUACUGGGACUAUGUGAGCGCGCUUUUGUCAAUACUUCUUGACUUGAAACUUCUGCUCGUUCACGUCAGUGAAUCGCGUAAAGAACUGCGACGUGCCGUUCUCGAUCUGUGCUUUCACUUAAACUUCAAUCGUCAUCAGGUAUGGGAUGCGAUAGUGCACGCACGUUGCAUGAAAAAGAAGUUCUUAACCCAGUACCUCCCAGAAGUGAUAGAAAAAUUAGGAUCGUGGUGCCGACAGAAAUGUGACGAUCCCACACUGUACUUCAAGUUCGUUGUCGUCGUAUCGAGCAUUGCCAAGUGUAAGAAAGUAGACGAUGAUCAGAGAAAAAGGCUAAAGAAAGCUCUCGCUUCAUUUGAAACGAAGUUCGACUUUCGUGAAUGGUUUUUCUGCCAGAGCUUUUCCAAUGUGGUGCCACCCGAAACUUGUCCGACAGCGAAGAAGUUACUCAAGUUGUUUUUCGAAGGGAAUUUAACGAGGCAUCAACUUCAUUCGAUGUGCGCAUCUCUUCAGAGCGUUGCAGCAAUCAACGCAGAUCUGUGGCGCGAUGACAGCGACAUGUUCUUCAUCGACAACAGAAGGGAGAGUGUCAGCACCGACGCGACGAGUUCCAUGGAUGCCCUCGAAGGAAGUUUGAAGAGCUUGGAAACACCGGAUGAUGACUCCAACAGUCUCAUCGACGACAUCGUUGACUCCGAAACAGUGUCGAGCAGCAGUGAGCUCGCCGAAGACCCGGUGGUUUUCUUGGAGUCGUACUUGUUGAAUACUCAGGCCGCGGAGAAGCAAACUACCUCAGAGGGAGGAGGCGGCACCGCGGCAUUGCCACUGGUGUUGACUCCGAACGAAGAGAGAGAUAACGGAAGCAGUGAUCAAACUACCGUUGACGAGUUGAAUACAGUCUGGGAGCAAGUCAACGGAGCCACGCUUCGAGCCGGCACUAAGAAAGCGAAGAAGAGGAAAGUUUCGAGUACGUCGGGUCGGCACAAGUACGGUGAACGGAGCGGCAAAGUUAGCGACAGUGUGGUUCACAAUGAAGCCAUGGACCAGUUGCGCGAAGAUGAUGUAACAGAGAGCAGCGGAGCACAAAAUGAACACGUCGCCUCCUCGCCAUCGCAUCAAACGGUUACAAAGAAAGAGAGGAAGAGAAUGACUUCAUUCGUGUCAGACGUCGAUAAUGAUAUCACAUGUGAUGUUGGUGUUGGUCAUAUUCUUCAUUACGACACAGCAGAGCGAGAGAAAACUGAAAUGCACGAUGGCAUAUCUGAUAGCCACGCAGCCACAACAGAUCCACAUCGAGUAACUACAAAGAAAAAGAGGAGACUUUCAAGCCGGUCAGAUUUGCAGGGCCACAAUGAAAGCGAUACCGAAGCCGUAUGUGCAGGUGUCAUUAACCGAAGAAGUGAAGAUGAUACAAAGGACCACAAGAACACUGCAGCACAUGGCACUGACACACAAGACACUCCAGUUAUGGAGCUACCAGCUCAAGGUGGUGCUCCAAAAAAUGACAAACAAGAUGGAACAGCUUCAAGUGGUUCAGAAAUGCUGCAGCAGGGAUGCAGCGACGAAAGCAGCACCCAGGUUUUUUGUGCUCUCGAAGAAGAUGAUAGUACAAAGAAGGGGAACGAAGAGGAAGAAGAAUUGUUUGAAGCCAGCGAUUCCCCCGUUGUAGAGCUGUCACCUGAACUCGGCGAAGAGGGGAGAAGAAACAGGGUUUCGAUCAUAUAUGACGCACGUAGCAAAGGUGAUGAAGAACACGGUGGCACGGUACAUACUGAGGCUGUUGAUGAUCCAGAUGAAGAGGAUGGUGUAAAUCCAAAGAGUGAUACUGAAGAAAUGCUCAUACUAAAGGAUGACGACUUCAUAGUACAGCGAUGUCAAGAAGACGCUCCACAAAAGAGAAAGAGAAACAGGACACCGUCAUGCGGGUCAGAUAAGCAGAAACAGGUUAAACUGGUUGAUGGAAGUGAACUUGAAGAGCACGAAGAGGCCUACAGAAGCAGCGGAGCACAGGGUGAUCACAGUGAAACGUCCGAGAUCACCUCUCACCGAGAGCGAGAGAGUGACAGGGAAUGUUUCUAUGGGCCUGAUGCCAUGCAAGAGAAGCAGAACGAAGCUGAAAGUAAUUUUAUUGAAUUCGCAGUUGUCAGUCAAGGGUACCCUGCCACGGAUUGCAACACAAAUCCAUCAGCGUCACGAGGGGUCGUUGCUACAGAGAAAGCGGGUUUAAAUACGGCACACAAAUAUAAAGGAGAUAAUAAUGGCGUCUUAUGCGACGAAGAUGCACCUCGGGUGAAUAACGACAAUGAAGAAAAUCUUUCGGAAUCUUCGGGACAUGACGCUCUCGAGACCAGCAUUUCAGAUACAGAAACGGUUGCGCAGGAUUCUGACCACGAAGAUGAAUCUUGCAUGACAAGACCCCCGCUUGAAGACGUCUCAUCAAAAGUACGGGAAAAAGGUGCGCACACAGUUUCUCCCGAUAAAUUGGGAGAGAAGAAUGACAAAACUGAAGAUUCGUUAGGCAGGAAGACGAUAGCAUUGCGAAGGAGCACUCGGCUGCGUAGGACGUCGGAGGCUCGCGUUGAAGGAGGUCAGGAGAGUAACAGCAAUGCAGCAAAGGACGGACGGAAUACUCCGCAACCGAGAACGUCACCUUUAAUCGAGCGUAACGUCAGUGAAGCGUUAAGUGACACCCAAGAUCGGAGCGGCAUAUCAAAUCAAGAAGAUGGCAGACAGGACCCAGAAGACAUAAGGGAGCAAAUGUCCAGAGACGAAGACGGUGGCUGCGACCAGCCCAAUGGUGCGGCGCAAGGCAAAGACGAACCAAAGCAGCGUUGUCUCUCGAAUCCAGUUUGGACGCGCGAGAUGACCCAGGGAGCUCAUAUAACGGAGGGAAGGAUGCCAUCCGACAGAGACGUUCCGUCAGCUUCUCUUGGAACAGAUAACCGUGACAGUCCGGUGAAGACGACGACUGGCGAUAGUGAUGGUCUGGCAAACUCUUCUAGCGUGGAAGAUAGUGGCAGUACUACCAACCCUACCAACUUGCAGAUGUGCGAGGGCGUGGAUAGUGAAGGGGAAGGAAGUUCCGUUCCCGUGUCGCAGUUGCGUCUUGUCUCCCGUCGCACACCGCGAGAAUCGGCAUCUCGAGAAGGCGGAGAAUACGCACAGUCCGCGGCGCAAGGAAGCGGCGCGGAAGACGGCGGCGAACUGACGCAGAUUUGUGCCGUCAUAGGCUACGACCGGGAGGACGUUGCGGGAUUGCCACAAAAGAAGAACGCGGAAGUGGUUUCCGUGACGACGCUCCGUCCGAGGUCCUCGCGUCGGAGUGCGGCCGCCGCACGGACUAAAAUGGAAGAGGUAUACAGGAAACUGUCGCAGAGAAGCAGAUUUAAUAGCAGUCCUGAGUCGACAACAACUGCAGACGUAGAAGGAACAGCAGCUGACAUUCUUGAGGGCGGCGAGGAGGAGAGUGAAAACGACUCGAGUCCGUGCCGAACUAGGGCGGCGGCAAAACGAACGCCGAGUAUGCCCGAAGGUUCUAAUUCCGAGACACCAGCUAAAGUCCAAGGGAAUGUCAAGAGAGCAACACUGACUCCCGAGUCGAAAGUUCUUUUAACCAGGCUCGACCAAUUAAUAAGCAGUCCAGCGCAACCUGAAAACAUUACUGGCCCCAGAACUAAACCUGAAAAAGCUACAGUGGCAAAAGUGAAUUCUAAAAGGACCUUGUUCAGCAAGGUUCCUAAAAGCCCCGCAGUAGAUUCAGUGUCUGCUAGCUCGGCAGACAACUCAACACUCUGUGCCGUCUGUUUAAGUAAAACUGUUAGCAUUAACGGAACUCCUACACAGGACCCUUCCGCAACGGUUGAUGGAGGAGGGGCACAGGAACAAAAUCUCGCAAACCAAAUGGCAGGACCUUCAACGUUGACCAGUACUGCUUCUACUCCAACGAAGCAGAUGAGCUCCUCAACACAAUUAACGACGCCGGUAACCCGACAGAGUAGGCUUAACGAAACUCCAUCAGCGUCGACCUGUACCACUUGUACUCCAACGAAGCAGAUGAGUUCCUCAACGCAAGUAACGACGCCGGUAACCCGACGGAGUAGGCUUAGCGAAACUCCUUCAGCGUCGACUUCUACUACUACUUCUCCAACGAAGCAGAUGAGCUCCUCAACGCAAGUCACGACGCCAGUAACCCGACGGAGUAAGCUUAGCGAAACUCCGUCAGCGUCGACCUGUACCCCUUCUACUCCAACGAAGCGGCUGGGCCUUUCAGUGCAAGUAAGAACUCCGGUGACCCGACUGAGUAGGCUUAGCGAAACUUCCGCGGCGAUCACAGUCGGGCCAGAAACCGUCGGGAGGGAAAAGGGAAAACCAGAGAAAUGCUUGCAGACGCCAAGGAGGGAAAGUGCACGUCUAAAAGCAUUGACACCGGGGCCGAAGACACGGCGGCACCUGUAGCCGAGGCAAAAGCAGUAGUACAGACAUUUACUGAGAUGCCGCGAAUGUGCCGCUAACGCAGAAACAAUUCACGGUCACAAAUAGGUUGGUGCAAUGUUCAGAUCAAAUCUCGCAAGACGCGUUACAUUAUGCUUUUUAUUACGAGUACAAUCUGUUUAUGUCAUAUAAAGUAUACACAACAGUAGA